AAUGUUUGUUUUCAAGGGAGAAGGCAGUGGGACUUCUCUUCCCUCCUCCUCUCAUGAGCACUGGUGGGUGAGUUGGCUGAAGGCAUCUGGCAGUGGAAAGAGCGCCGUGUUUGUCUGCUUUUGCUUUUUCCGUUGUGUUUUUUUUUUUUUUUAACCGCCCACAUUCUCCAAUCUUUGCCCCGUGGGUUGUGUUCGUCCCUCACCUCAUACUUUCUUUGCCAAUUCCUAAAAAAAAAAAAAACGGAUUUUUUCUCUCUUGGAUGCGGGAGUAGUUGGAGUUCCUCGAUGCAAUGAGGAAGGGGCCUGUUAUGUUUUUGUAAUCUUUCUUCCAAAGAAGAUACAAAGGGGUCUGCUUUGAGUUCUUGACUGAAUGUGGUGAGUGGUUCUUUUCAGUUGCAAAGAUUUUGUGCGACGAGGAGAAGCAAGAUUGGUGUUUGUGGUAAUUCCAUGAGUUGUUGAUUGGAUGAGGCGAGUGGGGCUGCCGGUCUCUUUGUUCUGAUCCCUUUGUUUUAGUGAAAGGCGAGGCCUGGGAGUUUUGAGUUGUGGACUUGUUGUCACCAGAAUGAGGGAUUUCCCAUCUUGCUUUGGGGAGAAUGGAGUUCAGGUUGUUGAUUCCUCAUCGUCGAGCGCCGGCAAGACGGUGCAGAAUCUGGUGAGCUGCGUCUACCGGACGCAGCUGUGCAGACGGUCUUGCGUGAUCACAGUGACGUGGAGCAAGAACCUGAUGAGCCAGGGGCUUAGCAUUGGGAUAGAUGAUUCUGCCAACCGGAGUGUCUGCAAGGUGGAUAUAAAGCCAUGGCUGUUCUCGAAGAGGAAAGGCUCCAAGAGCUUGGAGGCGGAGAAUAGCAAGGUCGACAUCUUCUGGGACCUCUCUGCUGCCAAAUUUGGAUCCGGGCCGGAGCCCUUGGAAGGUUUCUAUGUCGCGGUGGUCUUUGAUCUUGAGAUGGUGCUCCUGCUUGGAGAUUUGACCAAGGAAGCCUACCGGAAGACCAGUGCGAGCCCGCCGCCGUCGAAUGCGGUGUUCAUAGCCAGGAGGGAGCACAUUUAUGGCAAGAAUGUCUACUGUACAAAGGCUCAGUUUUGCGACAAUGGACAAGUACAUGAUAUUGCAAUUGAGUGCGAGACAGUUGGGCUCAAAGAUCCAAGCCUGGAGAUUCGCAUUGACAAGAAGAGGGUAAUGCAGGUGAAGAGACUCGGAUGGAAGUUUCGGGGAAAUCAGACAAUCCUGGUCGAUGGGCUCCCUGUGGAGGUGUUUUGGGAUGUCCACAACUGGCUUUUUGGGACCCCUACUGGAAAUGCUGUCUUCAUGUUUCAGACUUGCAUUUCAGCUGAGAAAUUGCUGCCAUGGUCCUCCUCACAGAUUUUCAGGGAAUCUGAAUUGCAAGGGCUAGGUUUCUCCUUGAUAUUGUAUGCUUGGAAGGAUGAGUAGGUGUCGGCAGGAAGAAAUGUUUGCUCCCUCAUCUUCACCUUUGAGUGCUAACAAAACACUUUUAGCGAGUGAUUUGUUUUUAACGAUGUGCGUGAGGCUCCCAUUUGUUCUUGUUUUUUGGCCCCUCUUUUGCCACCCCUCUUAUAAAUUUGAUCUGUUUGAAUAUAUUGGUCAUGAUCUGAAACUUCUUAUUGGUUACGCUCGCUGUUUCUUCUCACUUCUUGAGUUUGCAUCUUAUGUUGGAGCAGUUAUUGAAUCACUGUAGUUUAUCUGUGGGAAGAAAAUAACAUUGUUAUGUACACUUAUUCAAAAAUUUGGAAGCAAUAGAGAAUAUAUUUU